AUGACAGCAACAAGGGAACAAGCUGAGUCCGCUCCCGUAAAGCGAGAGGACCAGGAGGUCAAUGAAUUUUUGCCGACCAAAAACUCCUCGUCUUCGAAGGUUGGCGGCGUUGUUGAUGAGCUGGAAGCAACAACAGGAGCGGUAACGGCAUCAGCUUCGGCAGCAACUGUAACGGCGUCAUCCACAAGUCCUGAAAAGACCAAGGAGAAACCUAAAGCGUUCACCAUCAAAUAUAAAAGACCCAGAGGAUCUCGUGCGUGUGCUGUUUGUCGUUCAAGGAAGGUUCGGUGUGACGCGGAGAUUCAUAUCCCCUGUACCAAUUGUAUUACCUUUGGAUGUGAAUGUGUGCUUCCAGAGGCUAAAAAGAGAAGCAAUAGCGACACUACAAGAACAAAGCGAAUAAAACAUGGUGGGGGUGAUUAUAAUACUCCCAUCUCCACUUCAAUGUCUAAAUCUGGGUCGUCAAGCGUAGCUGAAAACGGUGGCGAUGGAGGCGAUGGUGAUUUAAGUGGUGGUGGUGGUGCAAAUGGCAGUAAAAAUGGAGGGGUUACCGUCACUCAUAGUGGUGGAGGUGGAGGUGGAGGUGGUGGUUCCUCUACAACAACAAAUAGUAUCCAUGGAAGAUCUACCAAUUCGUCUUCUUCUGCCAAUGGGCCACAUUCAGCGAACGAAACCAUCCUAAAUAUAAGUCAAGUCCUGAUUCCUCCUUCUCUUACAUCUAAUUACAAGGUCAGGCCCGGUAUUCACAAGAGAGAAGUGCUUAUGGGCAAUACAAAGCCUACAGUCACCUUUCUUGGGGCAUCAUCUGUUGGUAUCGUGGCUCAAAAAGUUGGAGAACCUCAUAUUAGAUUGACCGAAGACGUUUACGAUAUCCCUGAUGGGUCCCUUGAUUCAGUUGAAUUGGAGAUCUUGAAGAUGAGAGGUGCAUUUCUUUUACCACAACAUGAUUUAGCGUUGGAUCUUAUUGAAACUUAUUUUGAACGUGUUCACCCAUUAAUGCCGGUGAUUAAUCGAUCAGAAUUCAUGCGGAGAUUCCUUGAUCCUAAAGAUUCUCCUUCCCUUAUGGUUCUUCAAGCUGUUUUACUUUGUGGGGCCAGAAUUUCCAAGAAUCCAUUGGUUUUGGAUCUGAAAGGUUCAACCAACUUGGCAUGUCUUACCUUCUUCCGUCGUGCUAAGGCAUUGUACGAAACGAGCUACGAACUGGACCCAGCAUCUACAUUACAAACAUUGAUUUUAAUUGGUUCGUAUUGGGAGGGUCCUGAAGAUGUCACCAAAAAUUCAUUCUAUUGGACUCGUGUGGCCGUUGGGUUGGCUCAAGGGUUUGGAUUCCAUAGAGACGUUAAAAACUCUCCUAAUUUAAGCACAGUGGAUAAGAAAAUUUGGAGAAGAAUUUGGUGGUGUCUUUUUGAAAAGGAUCGGAACGUGGCCAUUGCCUUUGGACGUCCUUCGGUAAUUGAUUUGAACGAUUGUGAUGUUCCCAUGUUAACAAUGGAAGAUUUCAAUGAAGAUGAACCGGACUAUAAACUGCCUUAUCAAGUGAAUGAAACCCAUGCGCUUUAUUUCAUUCAUUUGGUGAAGUUGGCAGAGAUUACAGGAAUCAUUCUUAAACAUCAAUACACGGUGAAAUCAGAGCAAAUGAAAUCAAAAUUGAAAUUUAGUGUCAUUCAACAUAGUGAUAUGUUAAUGGGGAUUUGGUUUACAUCGUUACCACCGGAAUUAUCCUUUUCUUUAACUGACCCAAAGACUCAAAACUUUUAUGCUUGUCUUUUGAAUGCUCAAUACUAUAAUCGACUCUAUUUGAUUCAUCGGUCCAACUUGUUGCGUAUGGCCAAGUCCAAUGCUGCGAAUUCCAGUAAUUAUAAAUACCCAUCUUGGGGGAUCCUGUUCCAAGCUGCUCGGAUGAUUAGUAUUGUUUCUAAAAUUCUUUUGGAAAGAGAUCAAAUCCGAUAUUGUCCUGUGAUGUUUGUGUAUAUCUUGUUUCUGGCACUUGUGAUGUUGAUUUAUCAUGUGGAUUCUGAAAAUAAUGUGAUUGCAACAGCUGCAUCUGAUUCCCUUUAUGUUCUGCGUUCUGUUCUUCGUGAAUUGGCCAAGUAUUGGCCCGUGGCGGAGUUAUUACGCAAGUUGUUUGAUAAAUAUGCCAACGAUAAGAUCAAAAGAGCCAAGGUUAUUGAAAAGGGUACCAAAAUGGCUUACUACGAAGAUGCUGCUGCUCAAAGAGAAUUACUUGCAAGAUCAAGAACGGUUAAUUUCCAAGGGACUACCAGUACAUCGCUUAAUGAUUUGUAUCUGCAUGCUGUUGAGCGAAAGCAGCAGUUCAAUCAAUACCAACCUCAGCAGCAGCAACAGGAGCAGCAACAGCAACAGCAACAGCAAUAUGAACAAAAUCUUCAACGUUCUCAAUUCCAAGAUCAUCUGCCAUCUAAUUCGAAUGGUGGAAGUGGUGGUAGUGUUGGAACUAUUGGUGGAGUCAAUCUUCAAUCGAUAUCACCCAAUCUGAAUAUCUCAGAUAUUUCUGCAGCAGAUACAAGACAUAAAGGUCAAGGACAAGAACAAGGACAUUCUACGAAGAUUGACUCUACAUAUUCAUUCCCAGACAUUUCGCUUGUGACUGAAUCCAUCGAUAAAGACAACCAACACAACUUCUUGGAGAACUUUGAUCCCACCCAGCUUUUCCCCGACGUGAAAUUCAGUUUACCUCCCACCAGAGCGCAAUCGCCCGAACCGUUCGCGAGAAUGAGUCCAACGACCGAGGUCUCUGGUGAAGAGCACAGUGAAGCCACGCCUAAUUUGGCCCAUGAGGGCCAAGCGAUGGCAGGGUUACCUUCGAUUGGACAAACGCCACAAGAGAUUGCUCAAACGAAUUUCAUUGAUGAUUCGUUCCUCAAUAUGAAUCUACAAAAGAUGGACGAAGGACUCGGGAGUUUCUUUAGUUACCUGAUGUGA